AUGGCUGCAACGAACCCCGACUCAAAAAGGCCCCGUCUGAAUUCUUGGGGAUCGGCCUCUUCCUCCUCCUCGCCGCUCCCCCAUGAGUUCCAGACACAUCCUCUGCACCACCCGCCGUCACAUCCCCAGCAUUCUUCGCCUUACACAGCUUCUUUGGCCGGGCCUGGAUUUUGGCGGGAAAUGAAAACGCAGCCCCACCCCAUUCAGCAUACACUAUCCCACCAGAGAUCACACUCAGUUCCCUCACUGCCCCCGGGAGCUGGAGGAGCCAAAAAUGUCCCCCAUAACCACACACCACAACAACCUCCACCUCCUCCUCCUGCCCUUCCUUCCCUUCCUCCUACCCAUCCUACACACCAAGGACAGAGCGUCAAUAGCUCUCACACGUUAGGAACCCCUAGUACUGGGCAUUCACCUCGCUCUGUGCACGUGCAGACCGGUUCACCACUUCAGAUGCCAUCAGCUCCCAAUUCAAACCCUAAUCCUGGCUACCAGGGCUACCAACAUCAGCUUCAAAAACCCCAGGGUGGUCUUGAUGGUUCUUCUCCCGCACCCACAUCAUCCGGUCCUUCAAUGCGCACUGCUAUCGACCAGCAACAGGUGCAGCAGCUCCGCUCUCUCUCAGUAUCUGGUCAUUCCCAAUCCUCACCUGGGGGUCAUCCUCAAUAUCAGGAGCCAAACUAUUACGUCCCACACAGUGCCGGAGAUCCCAGAGGCUCAUUAGGAGUCGAAUCAAUAUCUCCUGGGAGCACUACUACACUUGGAACAGGCCCUAGUCCGAUAUUGACUUCUGGGGGAUUUGCUGGCGGUCCUGUGGGGAUGAUAAAUCAACACAUGCAGGGACAUCCUUCAGGAGGACAAAUGAGUGGUGGAAUGGCAACAAGCCCGGUAACAACACCGACGAGUGCUGGAGGGAUGAUGAAUGGCCUUCAAGGGAUGGGGGUGGUGACAACCUACCCCCCACGACGAAAAGCUAUUAGAGCUGCUCAAGCAUGCGAUGCCUGCAGAGCUAGGAAAGCCAAGUGCGACGAAGGAAGGCCAAGCUGUGGAUUCUGUAAAGAAUCACAAAUUCCUUGUGUUUACAGAGAAGUACCCCCACCAAAACAGGAUCGAACAUUACUCCAAAUCCUGGACCGAUUAGGGAGAGUUGAAGGUCUUCUUGACGCAAUCAAUUCCUCAGGGCGAUCAUUUGAAGCACCAAAGACCACAGAUGUAACCCCUGUAACAGCUAGCACGCAGAAAGAUGUUUCGACUGCUACAAGCCCCCCAGGACCAACUAUGCAUCACUCGCCCCCAUUCUACCGUCCUUCCCCAGGGCCCUCUCAGCUCGCAUCUAGUAAACCUUAUAGUCAUCCACAACAACAAACAAUCGGCACACCUGCCGAGGUGUUGCUAGAGGAGGAUGAGCAAUUGGCAAUACCGUAUCAACACACCACAGCGGCACAUAAGUUGAUGUGGUGGCCUAGCAUUAGAAAGCUCAUUGACGAUGAAUUUCUGAAGAAUGAAGCAUACGUUAUGGAUGAAGAAGAAAAACGGGGACCCCUGCGAGUUCACGGAAGGGGAGAGGGUAUAGACACUCCCGAAUCAUGGCUUGAGGAUAUGGACGAGGGAAUCACGGACUCUGGAUACGUAUGGGAUAGCGGGAUUGGCGUUGAAGAGGUUAUGGACAAUAACUGGGGCAGUAGUGAAGACACACCCAUGGAAGAUAUGGUAGAUGGAAAUGGAUAUCAACAGUCUCGGAGGCAAUCAGGCACUGAAGGAAGCGGCUUGACUACCGGGGGAGGGCUCAAAAUGGAUCAUCAAACCGUAUUAAGGCUUCUCAACAGCUAUCUUUCCAACAUUCAUAUUCUGCAUCCUGUAUUGGAUAGGUCCACUAUUACCAAAAUGACUUUUAUGUUCGCAGACCGUGUAUCAUCUACUCCAAAAGUAGCUACGCCUACAACUCCAUAUUCUACAACACCCGGAGCAUCAGUAGGGCUAGGGCUAGGAGUUAAUGAUGGUGGAGACAGCGGCAUGCAAUCGCCAGGUGUCAAUAGGAGAGGUUCCUUAGCAUCAGUGAAAAGAAAGCGUAGCAUAUCUUCCACAAGUAUAGGGCCAAUGCAAAGCCAAUUAACCUCAAUGAAUUCGCAAGGCUCGGCUUCUGGACGCAGUCCGUCACAACGAAUUCCGAAAACGAUCCAUUCAGCAUUGGUGCUCUUAGUUUUGGCUCUGGGGGCGGUCUGUCUGCAUAAACGCCCUGUUCCUGGUCCGCUUCAGCCAACGUCAGGCUCACCACCGAUUCGUAAUAGCACGCCAUCAUAUAAGACUUCCACCCCUCCAUUCUCUGCCUCUACUCCUCCAUAUCACCACAGUUACCCACAACACUCAUCUAAACGACCAAAGGGCCGAGAGCUAAGAAACAUUGAUGUUAUCCCUGGUUUAGCUUACUUUGGAAAGGCGGUAGAAAUAAUGGGGACUCUAAUGGGAGGGAACGAACUUGAAAACGUUCAGGUUUGCCUUUUGGCUGGGUUGUAUUGGGGCCAGCUGGGGAGAGUGCUUGACAGUUGGAAAUGGAUCAGUUACGCCUGCAUGGGCUGCCAGAUCCUGGUCAGAAUGAGAUUGGAAAGCGAAAAGGAUAGCUUGCGUAAAGACCUGAUUUUGCGUGCGUUCUGGAGUUGUUUGCAGCUAGAAAGUGAUGUGCUUGCAGAACUUGAUCUUCCGCCAAGCGGAAUAACAAGGCUGGAAGAUUCAAUGGCUCUACCAAGUUCUAUCGCCUUACCUCCGGCUUAUGACUCAGAGACAAGGGAAGAUGACCCGCUCAUGUGGAUGUAUUACUUGGCUCAGAUUGCCUUGCGAAAAUUGCUCAACAGGGCGCAUACAACGCUGUACACCAAAGAGUCUAAAGAUCGCUUUGAUUCUCCCCGAUCUCUGGCAAUCGCUAGGGAAUUAGAUUUUCAACUUGAGCAGUGGAAACUACAUCUCCCGGAGCCACUCCGUUGGGAUGAAAGCGACCCCCCAGCAAGUAAUAUAAACGCGGCAAGAUUACGUGCCAAGUAUUGGGGUGCGCGGUACAUAAUUCAUCGGCCAUUUGUGUACUCUGUAAUCCACGGGAGCGGCGGUACCGGCGGUAGUACGUUCUCUUCGAUGUCCCCUGCGAGCGAAAUGUCCCAACAAGGUUCCCCCUCGGCGACCACACCAAAUCAUAUUUCAAGUAUAAGACGACCAAGUGCCACGGGAGAAGAUACGCCCGUUUCAUUAGAGAAGAGUUGCAGGAAAUGCUUGGACUCUGCAGUCCAAAGUACCACAUCAUUUCAUGCGUUCGAUCCCGAGGAGAAUAGACCUAUUAUAACCAAUGUGUUUGGCACAGCUCAUGCACAAUUCGGCAAUCUUCUUGUUCUCCAAGCCGCAUAUCAGUCUUCUACACUGAAGCACAUGAUUGACCCUCACGUCCUCAGUGAUUUGCUCACAAAAACAAAACGUUGGUUACGGACAUUGGCGCCCAUCUCUUCAGCAUUACGGAAAGACGCCCAAAUCCUUGAAAACUCCGCAUUGAAGGUAGAAUAUCAGUUGCAGGGACGGUCCAGCAAUUACUGA